AUGAAGUCUCAGACACAUCAAAUGAUUCUACUACUGUUCCUUGCUGUUGGCAUGGUCAUAUGCGGUGAAUCGUCGUCAACUGCCGAAGAUAGUAUCAACUUUGAUAAACGUGGAGGAGCCAGACCUUUCUAUGGCUUCUAUGAUUCUCCAGGGAACAAGCGCAUCAGUGCACUAGGAGUUUCUCCUUAUUAUUUAUAUGACAAGAGAGGUGGUGGACGCGAUUUUGCUCUUCUCUGGAAUCGUUCCGGAUAUGGAUCUCGAGUCGAAAGACGAGGAGGAGGAAGAGCAUUUGCUGGCUCAUGGAAACCAGACUAUAUAAGCAGGUACUAUGAAAUGCCCUACUAUAACAAACGGUCAUCCAAUCUUUGGGAAUUCCUACAGACUCCAAACGAAUUUUAA